UUCUCAGCAUACAGGUCAGCUAUCCAGAGCAGCAGGCAGACUCACACUCCCAGAAUGCCAGAGCAGAGCAACGACUACCGGGUGGUGGUGUUCGGAGCCGGCGGGGUGGGGAAGAGCUCGCUGGUCCUUCGGUUUGUCAAAGGCACUUUCAGAGACACCUACAUCCCCACUGUGGAGGACACAUACAGACAGGUGAUCAGCUGCGACAAGAGUGUCUGCACACUGCAGAUCACCGACACGACAGGAAGUCACCAGUUUCCAGCCAUGCAGCGGCUUUCCAUCUCCAAGGGCCACGCCUUCAUCCUGGUCUUCUCCAUCACCAGCCGCCAAUCACUGGAAGAGCUGAAACCCAUUUACCAGCAGAUCUUGGCCAUCAAAGGGACAGUGGAGUCCAUUCCCAUCAUGCUUGUGGGCAACAAAAGCGACGAGACGGCCCAGCGCGAGGUGGAGAGGAAGGAGGCCGAGGCUCAGGCCGCCACCUGGAAGUGUGCCUUCAUGGAGACGUCGGCCAAGACGAACUCCAAUGUAAAGGAACUGUUUCAGGAGCUGCUGUCCCUGGAGAAGAAGAGGGACAUGAGCCUGAGCAUCGACGGCAAGCGCUCGGCAAAACAGAAACGAGCCGACAAGGUGAAGGGGAAGUGCAGCAUCAUGUAGAGAGGGCAGGCGGCGAACUCGCUGUGGAGAUGUGGAAACAGCAGAGGAGGCAAGAGGGGAAGUCUGCUGACGAGCUCCCAAACAGACUCCUCCUCCCAUCUUCUCCCAGCUCUGCAUUACGGAGAAUGGGUCUUGUUUGAUGGCUCUCCUCCACCAUCCUUCUGAACACUAAAGCCCCGUGGAACAAAAAAAAUGAAACCGACUGAUAAU